UUCCCGCUCUUCAGCCUCUUCCUCCUCAUCCCCUGCCCGCGCUGGGCCACGGCCUCGGGGGAGGCAUCGGCCGGGGAGGAGGAGGAGGAAGAGGAGGAGGAAGGCGGGUGGGGCCGCAGCUCCCGCAGCUCCCGCAGGCUCGGCGGCUCCGCUCGGACGCAGCAUGGGCGGCCCCGACGGGGCGGCGGGGAGCGAGACCCCGGAGGGCAGCGGGGAGCCCCCGAGGAGCGGCGGGGAGCCCCCGGCCGUGCCCCGGGAUUACGAGCUGUCCGGCAAGGUGAUGUUACUUGGAGACUCGGGCGUGGGGAAAACCUGCUUCCUGCUCCAGUUCAAAGACGGGGCCUUUCUCUCCGGGACGUUCAUAGCCACCGUGGGCAUAGAUUUCCGGAACAAAGUGGUGGCCGUGGAUGGUGUGAAGGUGAAGUUGCAGAUCUGGGACACGGCAGGACAGGAGCGUUUCCGCAGCGUCACCCACGCCUACUACCGGGAUGCCCAAGCCCUGCUCCUGCUCUACGAUAUCACCAGCAAGAUGUCCUUUGACAACAUCCGCGCCUGGCUGACGGAGAUCCAUGAGUAUGCCCAGAAGGAUGUGGUCAUCAUGCUGCUGGGCAACAAGGCUGAUGUGAGCAGUGAGAGAGCUGUGAGGACGGAGGAUGGAGCAUCCCUGGCCAGGGAGUACGGAGUGCCUUUCAUGGAGACGAGUGCCAAGACAGGCAUGAACGUGGAGCUGGCCUUCCUGGCCAUUGCCAAGGAGCUGAAGCAGCGCGCGGUGCAGCCGCUGGAUGAGCCCCAGUUCCAGAUCCACGAUUACAUCGAGUCACAGAAGAAGAAAUCCAGCUGCUGUGCCUUCUCCUGAGGGUGGCCCAGAGGAGCUGGCAGCCUGGGGGCCCAGGUGUGAAGCAGAGCGGGGCCCCAUCCUGCCCUCAAGCACUGGAGGGAACCAAGCUCUGACAAGCCGAGGCGGAUGGCACAGCACAGAGUGAAUGAGGAGGGCCCUUGUCCUGGUGCCAGGACUCAGAUCCUGCUGCCCUGCAGAGCAAUGACCCGUGUGCCAUCGUGGGAAUCACUGUGGUGUGGUGACUGCCAGCCUGGCCUGCAAGCCAUGGUGAUCCAUCACCUCCAGCACCUGAGCAGGGUGCAUGACACAGCCACACACUUCACUGAGGGACCCUUGGAGCAGCUGGAGGAGCUGUGCCAUGGAUGAGCCCCCCUGCAGCCCCCAGUCCUGUCCUCUCUUGCAGCUAUUCCUGCUCACAGUGCUGCUGUUGUCCAACUGGAAGGGCCUGGUCCAGCCCCCAUGUCCCUGGUGCUGCCAAGCUCUGGCUUCCCUCCAAGGAGCCUCAGCUCUGUCCCCCCAGGCUGCCCCACACCCCAGUGCCCACGCUUGGCUGUGGCUCCUCAUUUCUGCAGUUGCUGCCAAUGGCUUUUAUCCUCCUGCCACCACAAAUGCAAUGAUGUCCCCAUUGUAUCCUGGCUCUGCUCGAGGGAAGGGCUGGGAUGGGGAAGGGUCCAGCCAAACCUGCUCCCUGCCCACACGGCUGGUGUGAGAAAUAAAAUUCCCCUGGGAGCAUCUGAGCACUGCUUGGAGCGCUUCUGGUACACACAGCAACUUGGAAAAACUUUGCUUACACCAUGUUGUGCCACAGAAAUUAGAGAAUUUAUUUUUUUUUUAACAAGAAAAGGCUUUUUCAUUUCAAUGCCUCCAGACUGAACCAUCUCCAGCCUCAUGCAGGAGAUGCCCACGAUGGCAUCACCUGGGGUGAUGCUUCAGCCCUGCUGUCUCCCAGGCCAGGCUGGGUUUCUCUCCUGUCACUGUCCAUGGAAUACAACUAUGCCUUCCUGCUGCUGGCAAAUAGCAGCUGGAGCCCGCUGUCUGGAGUCCAGAUGCCUGAGAGCCUUCAUGCAGCAAACACUGCUGUGUUGGGCACUGGUGGGGCUCAGGGACAUCCCUGGUGCCCAGCCCAGCUCUGUUGCUCCCUCGAGCACUGUCCACUCCCCUGAGCAGUCAGAUGGUGAAUAUUUGGUUGUGUAGCUGAAGCGCUGAUGCAGAGAGCAGCUGUGGAGGGUAUGGCACUGCGUGUAGGAGUCAGGGACUGUCCAGCACAUCUGUCCCCAUCAGCACCUUCCCUGGCCCUGCACCUGACUGCUCGUGUCUCACCUGCCCCGGUGCCUCCUUCACCUCUGCUCUGCCCCUGGGUCUCUCUUUGCAAGUUUACAGAUUAAAGCUGAGUAUUUUUUUGAGGCUUUGCAUCUGUCUGGUUGUUUAUUGCGUGAGAAAUCCCUGCCCUGGGUCUGCGCCGUGGGAGGCUGAGGCUGCUGCGCAGAGGCGCCGCAGAGCAGCCGGGCUGGGGGCCCUGGGAGCAGCCGUGAGGAGGGGGAAGCACCCACGGCCCUUCCUCCCUGCCGGGGGGGGCUUUCAUUGCACAUUUCAGACAGACCAAAGGUGAGAGGGGAAGAGUAAACAUGGCCUGUUAAAUUAAAACCAGCCUCCUCCCCUGCUGUUCUCAUGGUUCGGAGUCCAG